AUGGAGUGGUGGAUUCUGGCCCACUCUGCAAUGGAUCUGAGGAUCAUCAUGUCGAACGAGCCUGCCUUUGGUGGUGUGUCUGGCAGUGAGGAAGAGGAUGGGGCAGCUGCCCCUGGGUGCAAAGUCUUGGAGGAGAUACCUCUGCCUGGAGGAAAGCCCAGGACAAUGACAAGGUCGCAGCCUGGCCGGACCCCUCUGCAGAACUCUCCCAGCCCGCUCCGGCAGGGGGCGGCAGUGCGCACGAGCCGCGCCGGCAUCACGUGGUGCGUCCCCCUCCUCGCUCCCCCCUCCCCAGCAGGCAGCGGGAGCGCGCCUUCGGUCGGGGCCGCGCACCGGGCACGCCUCCGGACAUGGGGGCGGCGGUGGCGGGCGCGCCUCCGCCGUGAGCAGCAGCAGCAGCAGCGGCAGCGGGACCCAGUAUGCGGCGGGGCCCCGACCCUCGCUGGGCUGAAGGCUCUGCAGGUUUGCGUGGGGCAGUUGUGUGGAAGUGAAGUCAGGAGAGAGAGUAAGGAGAGACCGCGGCCGGCAGCGGGUCUCGGCUCGAAGGACGCCGUGGACAAUGGCUGUUUCCCUGUGCUGGUACCCCACAGCCAGGCCAGUUUUGAGGAAGACAACCAGAAGCAACCAGCUGUGGGACACUGGAGGCCACUGAUGCCAUCCAAAGGCAGCAAGGAGGAGCCAGAGACUGGAUGCCAGGAUGCUGGAGGUGUGGAUGAGACCCAGUCCACUGAGCAGCUCAACGUGUCACGGCUACGCAGCUCUUCGGUGGAGAUCCGUGAAAAGGGCUCUGAAUUCCUGAAGGAAGAGCUGCACAAAGCACAGAAGGAGCUGAAGCUGAAGGACAAAGAAUGUGAGAGAUUGUCAAAAGUCAGAGAACAGCUGGAGCAGGAGCUAGAGGAGUUAACAGCAAGCCUGUUUGAGGAAGCACACAAGAUGGUGAGAGAAGCAAACACCAAACAGGCAGCGUCGGAGAAGCAGCUGAAGGAGGCACGGGGCAAGAUCGACAUGCUGCAGGCAGAGGUGACAGCUCUGAAGACACUGGUGAUCACAUCCACGCCUUCCUCUCCAAACAGGGAGCUACACCCUCAGCUCCAGAGCCCUUCUAAAGCUGUCUUCAGGAAGGGCCAUGGGCGAAACAAAAGCACCAGCAGUGCAAUGGUCUCAGCUGCCAGCCAGAAUGUGACCCCACAGCCAGUCAGCCAUGAACGCAAAGAGGUCGACUCCAUUUUAUUUGCUGAGUUCCAGGCCUGGAAGGAAUCUCCAACUCUGGAUAAAUCCUGCUCCUUCCUGGACAGAAUUUAUAGAGAAGAUAUAGGACCUUGUCUGGACUUCACAAAGCAGGAGCUGUCCGAGCUGGUGCGAGUGGCUGUGGAGCAGAACACACUCACCAUCGAGCCAGUGGCUUCCCAGACCCUGCCUGUGGUGAAGGUGUCAGCAGAAGAGUGUGGUGGGCCAAAUGGGUUCCGGUCACAAGUUGUCACGAGAUGUGCUCUGAGUGACCUUCCCAGGACCUGCAAGCACCGCAUCAUGCUGGGGGACUCUGGGAACUACUACUACAUUUCACCAUCCUGCAGGGCCAGGAUCACUGCGGUGUGCAACUUUUUCACUUACAUUCGCUACAUCCAGCAAGGCUUGGUGAGGCAGGAUGUGGAGCUGAUGUACUGGGAGGUGAUGAGGCUCCGGAGGGAGAUGUCUGUGGCCAAACUGGGGUUUUAUCCCAGUGAGAUGUGAGCAGAGGCCUGAGCAUGGAAGGAAACUGCACCUGUGUGAAGGGCUUGUCAAACAUGGUCUGCCAGACAGAUGAAGCAGUGCCUCUCCUGCAGGGGGCCUUUAUCCUUUCCCACCCUUCCUCUGCCUGGAGCUAAGCAAGGAGCAAGAAGCACAAGUUCCACCUUCAGCUUCCCACUUCUCCAACUGUGACUGGAAAGCAGCUGCCAAGAUGCCCCCUCAGAGCUGGGCUGGCCCUGGCUGUCCCGGGGUGGCUGUCUGCAGACUGUCCUCUAUGGAGUCCCCUGCCUGCAGUGUAUAUCCCUGGGUUUUAAACUUCUCUUUUUAUAUUUGCAAUUUGCUUUGGCAUAGUCUGAGGCCAGCCCUGUGCAAGGCAGGAGUCCUGGACCCUCAGUUUGUCUUUCAGGACAGAUGCUGGCUGUCUGUCCAUCUGUUCCACUCACUCUUUUGGGGUGGAGGGUGCUGUGCCCAGCUGCACAUCUAGGUCCUGCUGACCACUUCCUCCCUGAGCAACCCUGUCAGUGCCAGCAGCAUGCAAUAAUCUGAUGGAGAGUCACCAACAGCCUCAUCCAAGCACUUCCUUGCUCCUUUUAAAGGAGCCUGCAAGAGAAGCUUUCUGCCAGCUGAGUCACAAAGAGGGAUUUGUUUCUGUCUUUAGCUUGCAGUUUGGUGCUGGGUAAUCCAGGCUGGGGGAACAGCCAGAGCUGUGCACCUGGGGCCUGCAGCAGAGGAAAGAGAGCAGGGGAUUUGCAUCACUCACAGCUGGCCACAGCUUGGCUUGGCCACAGCCUGCAGGAUGCUUUCUCCUGGUCUAGAGAAUCUGCUGCAGCUGUCACAGGUAGCUGUGAACCUUGACAGGUGGUGCCCUGUGAUAAUCCUUGGUGCACAAGUUCUCCAUGGUGCUCUUAGAUGCAAACCUCACCCCCAGACAGAUACCUUUGAGCUGUUCCUGCUCUCAGGGUAGCUUUGGGCAGUGUUGUUCCCUCUGUUUAAAUAGAUACUAUGGUCCCAGGCUGGGUUCUUUGUCUCCAGAAGGAGCAUGCCCAGACCAGGCAGUCUUGGGAGUCUGGGAUUUCCUCCCCAGUAUUAUAUGCAGCCAUGGCCCCUGGGGAAACUCAGCUUCUCCUGCUCUGCCAUCUCCAGUGAGGAGAUCUGAGACACCUUUGUGUGCACCUGAGGGUUGUGGCUGUGGUUCCUGUACACCUCCAGAUGUUCUGGGGAGGAUGUCACUAAAGCUGUAGCUUGAGCUCAGGCCCAGCUUUGCCUGCACAGAAGUGUGCUAAAGCCAUGACAGUGUUUUGUAGCCAGCUUAGCCUUUUUCUCAGUGGCUCUGGAAUCAGCUCAGCCAUCUCCCACCCUGGAGGUUUCAUCUCAUGUGGCAUUUCUGCACUCUUGACUGGCAUGUCACCCCACCCCUCUGCCAUCAGCAGAACUCCCAUCUCAGCAAGCUGGUGCCCAGAACCAGAUCCCCAUCCUCAGCUCCAGUAAGCUUCAUCCUCUCUUGGAGCAUCCUACAGUAGGAGCUCUGUCUUCAGUGGAAGAAAAUUAACUGAGCAGCUGUGGUUUUGUCCAGGGGAGGAAAGAAUAGACAGGAAAGAUAAAAAGAUUUUGAUUUGGGGCUUAAUCGAAGGACAACUUCACAGCAGCUCUGAGAACCUUUCUGUGGAAGACCCCCCCAUGAGCACAAGCUUUCCUGUCACUGAGCAUGCCCCAGUAUGCUCCUGAGUUGCUCCUCAGGGUUCUCCUUACAGCAGUGUGGGAUUGUUGGCCAAGGGCUGGUAGCUCCAUCACCCUCAGAGCUGAGAGAACACAUUGCUGACAAUACACAUGAGCUUUGAAUCCACCUCCUCAGCUCAGAAAGGGCUGACCUCCCAGUCCAGGUUGUUAACACCCCAGUUUUGCCUUUGCACAGCUGAGCACCCCACCUCAUGCUGCUCAUCCUGACUGGGGUGUGUGCAUGUACCCCCUCUUCACCAAAGGAAUAGCUUUCAAAGGUGGAGUAAAAUCCUGGAAAAAUCCAUCUCUGGGUAAGAGUCUGGCUGGGUCCUGAACUAGUGCUAUCCCUGCAUCUCUUUUGGUGGUGCCUGCAGCCUUGUAGCAAUUUGCCAUCAGCUUUUCAAGAGAAGAAAGCAGCAAUGUCUUUCCCCAGCUGCAGAUUUCAGCUCGGGUAAGUUCUGUCCCUGGCAGUUUCUCCUUGGGUCUGUUCCCCUGACCUCUCCAUGUCCUGUGCUGUUGGCUGCUACAUUGCACAACCAACAGGCCUGCUUUGCAGCACUGGCAAUGAGAUGAGCUCUCCAUGGAGGAGACCUUUUGGGUUGUGGGAUGGGCUUUUCACUCCCCAGUGUCACUUUGUAAAGCACUUUGAGAUGAAAGGAAUUGGAGCAAUGCCUUGUGUCAGGUUGUCUUCCAUUUGAAACAGAAGGACUUGUAAAUGAGUAUGAAGUCACUCCAUUAGCAGCAGGAUGGUUGCACCCUGCAUUGUAAUAAAGGAAAAUA